AUGAAAGCAUCCAGGAUUCAACCGUUCCUGAGUCCCCUUCUGCGCAAGGCCCCCGUCGUACCGACAUGCCAGGCCAGAUGGCUUCAUAAGACCAGGGAGACUCCUCCUGUUCCGUCACCGAUACCUCUCAUCCCCGACGUCCCAACUCUACUCAAGGUCCUCGGCCGCGGCCUAGGCCAGCACGUCGACAAGUUCCCGUCAUGGGAAGCUCUCUUUACCCUCACAUCGCCACAGCUCCGGGAGCUGGGUCUCGAGCCCCCGAGAACACGACGAUACCUCCUCACAUGGCUGGACAGAUACAGGAAGGGUGAAUUUGGCGCCGGCGGUGACUUCAAGCACGUGGAGAAUGGAGAGGCUUUCUUGAAGAUCGUCCGCGAUCCUGUGACGGACAGGAAGAAGGUUGUUAACGUGCCGGCGGGCGCCGAGUUGAAGUUCAAAUCACUCGAUAACCUCGAAACUCCCAAGGGUUAUACGGUGCGCGGCGCCAAUACCAUCGCCGGCCCUCACGCUUUACCCCUCAAGGCCGGCGAGGGAGCCCGCGUGGUUGUUACGGAGGGAAUGUGGGAGCACAAGCAAGGACACAAGGUUGAUGGCGGUGAGCGUAGAAGAGGUGAAGUCCGCUUCAGAAAGGCCAUUGCGGCUCGCAAGGCGGAGAGGGAAGCUCAGGGUCUACGAUAA